CAGGAGAUGUAAAUAAACUAGUUUCAACUUGGAUUGUUUUUGUUCCCUGUCGCACUGCUUUUGGAAUUUUCUCUUUAGCUAUGAAUCAUUGAUUCUAGUUCCACAUGAAUACCGGAGACGUUACAAUGUCAGCGGCAACACGAUGUAAAAAGCGUUGUGAGAAUUAUUCGAGGAAAGACAAAGAAAAACUGCUCGAACUUGUGACGAAGAGAGUGGAUAUUUUGGAAAGUAAAGUUUCUAAUUCUAAUAUGAAUCUGCAGAAAGCCAUGUGUUGGGUAGAAAUUGCUAAGGAAUUCAACGAAGGGUCUUCGGAAUUUCGAGAUGACAGGCAACUGAAAGAGCUAUGGAAACGUAUGAAGUAUAAUUCCCGGAUGGAUUUAUUGCGAUUCAUAGAAAAAAGAAAUAAUUUGCGACCUGGAGAUAAACCUUUGGAUAGUUUAGAUGAGUUUACGCUUAUUUUAGUACGUUUGAUACCGGAUUACUUCCAAAUGGACAGCGAUCCGAAAGUUCGCCUCCAAUGUAGGGAAUUACUGUUGAUUGAUCCGAAGUUGUUUGAGCUUCGAGUCAACAAAAUUCAUGAAAUUCUCAACGAAUCAGAUACAAACGGAUCGAUAAAUAAUAGUAAUAGUAAUAUCACCACAACUACCACCACUACCACCACCACUAACAAUAACAAUAUUAAUAAUAUUAACUUUAACAAUAACAACAGUAACGAUAACAGUGUUAAUUUUCAGAGAAUAAAUGAAAAUAGUUCUGACGAGGAUUUAAAAGUUUUUAGUAAUUUGCAGCAUCAAGCUCUACAUUCUUUAGUUGACGGUUCACUUGAUGGAAAUUCUCAAGAUCAGCAGCAAAACUUAAUUUCGGAUACAAAUAUAUACGUUAGCUCCGGUCUCAGCAAUGAUACUGCUAUCAACAAACGGGCUGAUUCUUGCAACCCAUGCAACAAUUCUUCAGGAGCUAAAGACUUUGAAAAUUUUAGGAAGAGGAAAAUUCCACUUUACCGAAGUCUAUUAGAAGAAGAAAAUAAUGAAGAUAUCAAGAGACAGCUUUUAGAAAUGGCACAGAAAGAGAAUGAGAAAGAACUACUUCUUCUUGACAUUCAAGUUGAAUGUGAAAAACAACGAUUGAUAAAAGAAAAAAUUGAGGCUGAAAAUGCAGAGCUAAAACAGCGAAUGUUGCUUCAAAUACUAGAGAAUCAGACAAACCAAAGGAACUCCUACCCACCUUUAAUGUUCCAUUUAUGAAUGAAACCAAUGGUUUUUAAACAAUCAUAACCCAUGCCAGCAUGGAAAACAGACAGUAAUAGAUGAUGAUGAUCUGGUCAAGGCAAGGAAGCUUAUCAUGGCUUUUGUGUAAUAUUUGUGAAUGAUUUACACGCUCUUUCAUUUUUAUGUUUGGUCAUGUUUAAAAACAAAUAGCAUAGCAGCCCUCCAUUCACAGGAUUGUUGUUUAUUUUGUUGGAUCACCUAAAUGUGAUCAAACUGAACCUAAGAACACAAAAAAGCAAAAAGAGAAAUCCAACUAUAUUAGCUUUCAAAGUUCUGGUAAUUGAUAUGAAAUCUUAAUUCAUCCACUUUUCCAUAAUUUCAUGGGUUGGACAGUGUUGAUUGAGGUUGAUUUUCUAUGGCUGGAUGCCUUCCCUGUCACCAACUCUCACUUGUUUCCAAGUAAGGUAAUAUUUUCCUAUGGCCAGACAUGUUUUCACUGAAGAUUGGAAAUGCAUGACAUCACUUGUAUGAUGUUGAUGCUUGAUUGCAGCUGCAACACAAUGUUGAGACAAGAUGAAACACACACAUAUAUAUAAUGAGGUUUCUUUCAGUUUCCAUCUAUCAUAUCCACUCUCAUGGCUUUGUUCAACCUCAGGCCAUAGUAGCAAGGUGUCGUGCAAUGGAACUGAACCUGGAACCAUGUGGUUGGGAAGUCAACUCCUUAACCAUCCUCAGUCAAUAAUAAUUAAUAAUAUCUCCCUGACACUUGACAGUGCAACACUCUAUGAAGGGACUUGAUCAAAUUUUUGUUAAACUUGGUAAAUUUUCAUUCAUUAAGUUUUGUUAGUAUGUUACCAAUCAUUUCUCAUAACUUUCUGUUACUAUUUUUAUGUAGUGUAUGUUUGAAGUGGAAAUAUGUAGUCUUGUAUUAAGAUGUUGAAGAUUGAUUUUCUGACUUGGUGUUAUGUGGUGUCCUUGAGCUAAGCUUUUCGUUUCAUGCUGUUUCAUUUGAACACUUUACGGAAAAUGUGUACCAGUAGCACUUAGUGUUUUACCCUGCUACAGACUGGUGGUCUUGUUUAGGAGACAGUCUCAUAUUCUCAGCUGAAACAGUUUGUAGGCUCAGGAUAGACUUUAACAUGUUUGAUGUAUGUAUCUCAAUUUGAUUUACUGAUGUUAUGUUGAUAUUUUUUAUAUAAAAUCAGUAUAAAUUAUCUAUAGCUAAUAUAUUUGAUUGUUCACUGUAGGAUUAAAAUGUUAGACAUGUUGCAUUAUGCUGUGCCAUUUGUUUGAAAAUGGAAACUCCAUAAAAUUUUUACUCAUCGUAUGAUCUCAAACUCAAGGCUGUUCAAAUUUCAGCUGGUAUAAAAUAUGUCUUGCCAAGUUUUAUCAAACUCAUGGCUGCAUCAUGUACUCUUAAUGUAAAACAAACCACUCAUCUUGAGGGUUUUUUAAUGUCCCACCUAAGCUUUCUAAUCAUUUGAUACUUUCUUACAUUCUUAUGCUUAGUAAGUCUUAGAACUUCCGCUUAAUAUUGUAUCGGUGGUGAACUCCCUCUGAAGAUAAUAAGAUCUGCUCACUCAUCAAUUGAUAUUUCCAAUCUCAAAAGAUCAAGCAAUAGACACUAUCACAUUGGUGCUAUUUUCAUCAUAUACAACACUCUAACAGCUUGUUCAUCUUUCAUAUAUCUACGAGGUGGUAUCAAAGAGUUCCCAGACUAGUUAUGCUUAAUAAAAAAAAAGAUAACCUAUUUAUCUAAGUUUUAACAUCAUCUCCUUUGAAAUAGUCACCUUGUGUAGCAAUACACCGAUCCCAGUGUCCUUGACACUUUUGUAAUCUGGCCUGGAAGUUGUUUUCCAUAAGUGAGUCAAGGACUUUCUGCAGUUCGCUCUUGAUCUUGACAAUGGUGUUAAAAUGGCAACCUUUGAGCUGCAUUUUCAUCGUCAGGAAGAGAUGGAAGUACGCAGGUGCUACAUUUGGCGAAUGGGGUGGGUGUGGAAGUGAAACCAUUUUUGUUUUUGUUCAGAAACUCACAAGUGAGGAGAGCUUGGUGAUAGGGUGCAUUGUUGUUGUGAGGAAUCCAGUUCUUCACAUUCCAUAGAUCUGGUCACUUUCACCUAAUGCUCUUCCUCAAACACUUCAAAACAUCAUUGAUUGUCCUCUGACGAUCCUCAUGCAAAAACUGAUGAAUUUUCUCCACAUUUCUGGUGGGUGAUGCUCAUGGCAGGUCUUCCAGAUCGCUCAUCAUCUUCCAGGAAUGUUCUUCCACUUUUGAAGUGCCUGUGCCAUCCGAAACUUUGCGUAUGACCUAUUACCGCAUUACCAUAAGCUUGCCAAAACAUGCUCAAUGUCUCUGUAGCAGACUUCCCAAGUUUAACACAAAAUUUCACGCUGGCUCAUUGUUGCAACUUCCUGUCCAUGACAAAAAUUGCAGACUACAGCAUUCAAUUGAUCACAGUAACACAAAUUUCACAACUUGCGAAGUAAACACAGCAAUGUCAUUCAGCACACUGCUUCAUGAAGGUCACUGCUAGCUCUUACUGUGCACACAACUGUGUGCUGCCAUCUGUUGGUGCACAACAGAACUAGCCUGGGAACUUUUUGAUACCACCUUGUAUCAUUGUUUCAUCACAUUUUACACAUCAUGCUAUACUUCUAUCUGUUUUGUAAUAACAACAAAUUGUCAGCUCUCCUGAAGGAGACCUAUAACUAUUUGAAUAUUUGGCAAAAAUUCCAAAGCCCCACUUUACAGAUGAGCUAUAGUUCUGUUAAAUCUGGAACCAUACUGUGCAGGCCAUUAAAUGGUGGCUAGUAUAUACCAGUCUAGCCAGGGUUGUUCAACCAGAUCAUGUAGCAACAAAAUUUUCCCACAUCACUUUUUCCUAUCUUUGAAAUGAAAUUAGAUUUACGAGAGACCUACUCCUCUUAUGUCACUGGCUGGUGAGCCCUCAUUCUGAAGAAAUAUUCUUGCAUUUGACAUUAGCAAAAGAAAAUAAAAGAGGUUAAGUCAUGUUCCAUAUUAUAGCUAAACUGUAUGCUUGUGGACUCCAGCUGUAUUUUGUCUCUGGAUCUAAAGUUUCUUAUUAGAUUGUAUCAUCACAGCAUCUGUUAAUGAGUCUCUUCCUGAUAUACAUUCUAUCCCAAAAUUCAUUUAUGUUCCCCAUACUAUUCUUCCUGCACAUUGGUCAUUAUCUCUGAGCUGUGAGUUAAACCUCUGCCCAAGCUCUUUCCUCCCUCAUAUUUAUUGUUCUCUAUAUUUCUCUUAUUCUUCUGCUUGUGUGUUUCCAUAUUCACUGGCAUUCAUAUGCUUGUAUGUUAAAUGAUUCUCUCUACCCAUUUGUAAUUACUUCUGUAAGCCAUGCGAAACAGAAGAAUGAUUUACUUGAGCAUUAAAGCUGCUUUAUAAGCAACUAAUUAAUGCUGUUAACUGAAUGAGGAAAAUUGAUGCAUCUUGUCCGAAGAGGGCUCGACAGAUCAUGAAACAGUCUGGCAGGAGACUCUGUGACCUUUUCCCCACAAAUCAGUAGUAUAGAAAAUUUGUGUUCACAUUCUUGUUCUCAUUUUACUUGCAGUAAGGUUUUAUAACUUUUAAUUUAUUGCAGUUCUUCUGGUUUAUAUUGUGUUGUGCAUAAACAAACCAUCAAAAGCACAAGUAUGCAAAUUAGGCUAUUUACUAAUGUACUAGUUUAAUUCACGACUGCUUUAUAAGCAGAUGAUCUCUGCUUUUGAUUGGGGAAAGAAGAUGGGUAUGUUUUCCCUGAGGAGUGGUCAACAAACCACCAAACAGUCCAUCAGGAAACUAACUCUUAGUUUUUCUGUACAUCAGUUGUAUAGAAGGAGUGUUUUUACAUUAGGUCCUAUAAUUUGAGAAUUAUCACAUGUAUAUUAAUGCUAGAUUGUUUAUGCUGAGUGAGUAAACCUAUGAUCUAUUAUCAAAAGCUCCAGCUAUGACUGUCUCCAUCUUAGGGACUACACCAUCUAAUGCAUUCAUUUUCUGAUUUAAGACAGACAGGUGUGAGCUGAGGAUGAUUUGACUUGUUAUUUCUUAUAAACUAAAGGAAAACAAAGAGGAUACAUCAUGAGCUUGUAUAUACUGUAAAUGUAUGAAGUUGUGUGUGUGCAUGCAGACUUUUUAUGUCUGUAAUGAAAUAGUAAACAUUUGUUUUAAAAUAAGCUUGAAAUAUAGUGCAAAAAAAAAAACAAAACAAAAAAAACCUAAAUUAAAAUUCAUAUUUUUUUAUAUUUUAAUAAAGUUAUAUAUUUUAAUA